UUUGAAUAGUCGUUGUAGACUCCAACAAAAGCCCCAUAUUAUAUAAUAAGACAUCCUUAUCAGCUGUCAUCUUAAUUUUGAGUCAUCAAGCUAAUCCAAUUGAAGUCCGGAAUAGCCUAAGAAGAACAACUUUGAAACGAGUAUGACCCAAAAAUAGAUCAUCGCUUUGCCAUAUCCAGCCCCAUAAUCUUCAUUCUUCACCCCCCAACAUCUAUAAAUAUAUAAUUUGGAGUUUAAGGGAAACUCGCCCAGGCAGGCGAAGUUCUGAAACUCAAUUACAUCUCUUAUCAUUUGGUCUGGAUUCCCUUAUUCUCUACAGCAGAGGAGACUAUUGGAGACUAAGCCUCACUAUUAUUCCCUCUUGAGUCUUUGCCUCUCUAACCAUUUAACUUUGAAAGGAUGACGAUAGCGAUGGCCGAGGGUAAGGCGCAAGAUGUGAAAACGUAUAACAGCUAUUCUCUUUCCUGUACAAUAGUGAUCUCUCUGAUCACCGUUAUAUUCGGCUAUGAUACUGGUGUUAUGAGUGGUGCCAUGAUAUUCAUCGAAGAUGAUCUAAAAAUCAGUGACUUCCAAGUAUCAGUCCUGGCUGGAAUCCUCAACAUAUGUGCUUUGUUUGGCUCUCUUAUUGCUGGGAAACUUUCAGAUUAUAUUGGUCGUCGUUAUACGAUUGUAGUGGCCUGCCUUAUUUUCUUGAUUGGCUCUGUUCUAAUGGGUUGGGGCCCAAAUUAUGCUGUACUUCUUUCCGGAAGGUGCGCUGCUGGCAUUGGCGUGGGCUUCGCUCUUAUGAUUGCACCAGUUUACACUGCGGAGAUCUCUCCUGCUGAAUCUCGAGGCGCUCUCACCUCUCUACCAGACGUUGCCAUAAGCUUUGGCAUCUUAAUUGGCUAUGUUUCAAACUACUUUUUUGGCAAAUUGACUUUGAAGCUUGGGUGGAGGCUGAUGCUUGGAGUUGCAGCGAUCCCUUCGCUUGCCUUAGCUAUAGGCAUCCUAAAAAUGCCAGAGUCACCAAGGUGGCUUGCAUUUCAAGGCCGUCUAGCCGAAUCCAAGAAAAUGUUGAUGAAAGUUUCCCUAAGCGAAAAAGAAGCCGAAAGAAGGUUCCGGGACAUCAAAAUUGCAGCUGGGAUCGAUGAAAAUUGCACUGACGAUGUUGUUAAAAUUUCAAAAACUAGUAAAAACGAACAGGUUUGGAAAGAGCUGUUUUUGAAGCCUACCCCUGCUGUACGAAGAAUUUUAUUCACAGCAAUUGGACUCCAUUUCUUUGACCAUGCAACAGGUAUUGAGGCAAUCUUGUUAUUUGGUCCAAGAAUUUUCAAGAAAGCUGGAGUACAUGAGAAGAGCAAGCUGUUGCUUGCCACUGUUGGGACUGGGAUUACAAAGACCGUGUUUAUAUUUAUAGCUACGUUUUAUAUUGACAAACGUGGAAGGAGGCCACUCUUGAUGAUAAGCGCAGUGGGUAUGUUUCUAGCCCUAGCAGUAGUAGCAACUUCACUCACCAUAGCUGAAAACCAUGACGAACCGCUGUGGUCCCUAGUCAUUAGCCUUAUUGCAGUCUAUACAUUUGUGGCUUUCUUUUCAAUGGGGAUGGGUCCUAUUGCAUGGAUCUAUCUCUCAGAGAUGUUCCCCAUGAGGGUCAGAGGACUUGGUGUUGGAAUUGGGGUUGCUGUGAAUAGACUUAUGAAUGCUACAGUUUCUUUGACUUUCAUUUCACUCACCAAAGCACUCACGAUUGGCGGGGCCUUCUUUCUAUAUUGUGGUUUUGGUUUCUUAUCUUUGCUGUUCAUCUAUUUCUGCCUGCCCGAGACCAAGGGAAAGACUUUGGAAGAGAUUGAGGGUCUCUUUAGCAAGAAGAAGAAAAAUGUUGAUGCAGAAGCUAUGCAGCCCAACCCAAACAAAUAGGCAAUCGUAUGAGUUGCUUGUGCUUUUCUCUCUUUUCUUUUUUUUUGGUUAAGGGGACAGCAAAUACCGAGAACUCUCACGCUAGAGUUUGAACUUGUGUAUGCUGUAAAUUA